AUGUCGUCCACUCACGCCCCCAAGAAUGGCACCGAAACGGCCCCCGCGCUCACAUCUACAAAACUUCAAGGACGCCAAUUCUAUGAAAGCAUCGGGAGUCCGAAGUAUAUCGUGGCUCCGAUGGUAGAUCGAUCUGAAUUUGCUUGGCGCAUGCUCACUCGUUCCUUCAUGCCCGCGGAUGAACCAAAGCCAUUGCUUUCCUACUCGCCCAUGUUUCAUGCUCGGCUGUUUGGGGACCAGGCCAAAGUGCGCGCUCAACACUUCCAACCCACUCGUGAAGCAAGCGGUGACAUGGAGCGAAAGGACGAACUAUACCUCGACGGCAACCCCAAGUUUGAUCGCCCGCUGUUCGUCCAAUUUUGUGCAAACGACCCCGACGAGUUCUUGGAAGCAGCCCGUCAUGUUGCUCCUUACUGUGACGCUGUUGACCUGAACCUGGGCUGUCCGCAGGGAAUCGCUCGCAAGGGACAUUAUGGCGCUUUCCUUCAGGAGGAUUGGGACCUGAUCUACAAGCUGAUCAAUCGACUGCACACCGAACUUUCAGUCCCAGUCACAGCGAAAUUCCGGAUUCAAGAGACAAAAGAAAAGACGCUCGAGUAUGCCAAGAUGAUCCUCUCCGCCGGAGCAAAUAUCAUCGCUGUGCACGGGCGCCGACGCGAACAGAAGGGACAUGAGACCGGUCUUGCAGACUGGAGUUACAUUCGUUACUUGCGGGACAACUUGCCUCCAGAGACCGUCAUUUUCGCCAACGGCAAUAUUUUGAAUCACGACGAUAUCGAGCGGUGCCUGGAAGCGACUGGUGCCGAUGGUGUGAUGAGUGCAGAGGGCAACUUAUCCGAUCCCACCAUUUUUGGUAGACCACCACCGCCGGGCAGCGAAGGUCGAGAAUACUGGCGUGGUCGCGAUGGGAAAGGUGGAUAUCGAGUGGACGCCAUUCUCCGAAGAUAUCUUGACAUUGUAUACCAAUAUGUACUGGAGCAGCCUGCCCCGGAACGAAAGCCUCUCUACAUUCCUUCCGAUCCCGUCGACGAAGCAGAAAAUCUGCAAAAUUAUACAAAUGGCAAUGAUGCGGAGGACGGACCACCCCGAAAGAAGCAGAAACGCGAUAAGCAGAAGCGGACCAAUUCGCCCAGUCUUGGCGUAAUGCAAGGUCAUCUCUUCCAGGUCCUACGACCAAUGGUCAGCACGCACACCAAUGUUCGUGAUGCACUCGCUCGCACACGACCUGGAGAUAUGCCAGCUUUUGAACAUGUCCUGACCCUUGUCGAAAAGGCUGUCAAAAAGGGACUUCAGGAAUACCAAGCCAACCCGGAGAAGUUUGAGAGACAGCCCGGUGAGGUAUUGACUGGUUCCAAGGCGACAAUUGCCGAGUAUGGUCGUCCCUUCUGGGUUUGCCAGCCGCACAUUCGUCCUUUGCCCGAGGAGGCUCUGGAGACUGGAGCCCUCACAGCCAAAGGCAAGACUACAGUGAAGAAGAAUGGAAACAAGGAGGAGCAAAAGGCACUCGAAGCAGCUACUUCUGAGGGUGUGGCCGCUUCAAGUAAUGGCAAUGUGUCGAGUGGUGAGGGCAAAGCUGCCACCGAGGAGACCACCAACGGGGAGACCACCAACGGAAGUGCUACCAACGGAGAUGUUGCCGGUGUGAUGACCCCGGCCAACAAGGCUACGAAUGGGGAUGUCAUGAAAGGUACGGUAUUCACGCCGGACAACCUUGUCAGUGGAUAA